AAUGCAGAGGCAAGCUAUGACUUCAGCAGCAAUGACCCUUAUCCAUAUCCCCGCUACACUGAUGACUGGUUUAACAGCCAUGGGACGCGUUGUGCAGGGGAAGUAUCUGCUGCUGCCAACAAUAAUAUUUGUGGGGUGGGAGUUGCUUAUAACUCUAAAGUUGCGGGUAUUCGCAUGCUAGACCAGCCCUUUAUGACCGAUAUAAUUGAGGCAUCUUCAAUCAGUCAUAUGCCACAAAUUAUAGACAUUUACAGCGCAAGCUGGGGGCCCACAGACGAUGGCAAGACAGUGGAUGGGCCCAGAGAACUGACCCUACAGGCCAUGGCAGAUGGUGUAAAUAAGGGUCGUGGUGGAAAAGGAAGUAUCUAUGUCUGGGCAUCUGGAGAUGGAGGAAGUUACGAUGACUGUAACUGCGAUGGUUAUGCAUCCAGCAUGUGGACCAUCUCCAUAAACUCUGCUAUUAAUGAUGGUCGGACUGCGCUAUAUGAUGAAAGCUGCUCUUCCACUUUAGCCUCCACAUUCAGCAAUGGAAGAAAACGAAAUCCUGAAGCUGGCGUGGCUACAACAGAUCUAUAUGGAAACUGCACUUUACGUCACUCAGGAACAUCUGCGGCAGCACCAGAAGCAGCUGGGGUGUUUGCAUUAGCCCUAGAGGCAAAUCCAGGUCUCACGUGGAGGGAUUUGCAACACUUAACAGUGCUAACAUCCAAAAGAAACCAGCUGCACGAUGAAGUUCAUAAGUGGCGUAGGAAUGGUGUUGGUUUGGAGUUUAACCACUUGUUUGGCUAUGGUGUAUUGGAUGCCGGAUCUAUGGUUAAAAUGGCACGAGAAUGGAAAACUGUUCCAGAAAGAUUUCACUGCAUUGGUGGAUCAGUACAGGAGCCAAGGAAAAUACCUUCUGAUGGAAAGUUGAUGCUAACACUUACAACAGAUGCAUGUGAAGGAAAGGAAAACUUUGUGCGAUACCUUGAACAUGUCCAAGCAGUUAUAACUGUGAAUUCUACAAGACGUGGAGAUUUGAACAUCAAUAUGACGUCACCAAUGGGAACAAAAUCCAUCCUCCUGAGUCGCCGUCCAAGGGACGACGACUCUAAAGUGGGUUUUGAUAAGUGGCCAUUCAUGACAACUCACACCUGGGGAGAAGACCCAAGAGGAACUUGGGUUCUUGAGAUCGGUUUUGUUGGAAGCAUGCCAGAAAAAGGUGUUUUGAAAGAAUGGACCCUGAUGCUGCAUGGGACUCAAAGUGCCCCCUACAUAGACCAAAUAGUUAGAGAUUACCAGUCAAAAUUGGCUAUGUCCAAGAAGGAGGAGCUGGAGGAAGAACUGGAUGAAGCUGUGGAGAGAAGCUUAAAAAGUCUAUUAAGCAAGAACUAG